AUGGCGCCAUCAUCGCCAUCAAAACGCCCGGUGCGAUGGUUGGCAGCGCUCCUCGCAACAAGCAGCUUGCUCCCGGCCGCACACGCGCAGCAGCCAUAUUACAAGAUCGACACUCCAGACGAGAUCCGACAAUCUGCACGAACGCUUGCCUACGAUCUGAUGCUCUUCUAUCAAGGGAACAAGACCGGUGAAAUACCUGGCAUUCUGCCCGGCCCACCCACAGAACACAAGGGCGACUAUUACUGGUGGGAAGGAGGGGCUAUGAUGGGCACUUAUAUCGAUUACUGGCACUUGACGGGCGACACAAGCUACAACCAUGUCAUCACCGAGGGAAUGUUACACCAGGUCGGCCCGAACGAGGACUAUCAGCCGCCCAACCACACCGCUUCUCUGGGUAACGACGAUCAAGGAUUCUGGGGCAUGAGCGCCAUGCUCGCGGCCGAGAACAAGUUCCCCAACCCGCCCGAGGACAAACCGCAGUGGCUGGCGCUGGCCCAGGCCGUCUUUCAUACUCAAGCGGCCCCCAACCGUCACGACACUACGUGCAACGGCGGCCUGCGCUGGCAGGUGCCCAUGACCAACGCAGGUUAUAACUACAAGAACACCAUCGCUAACGCGUGCUUCUUCGACAUUGGCGCCCGUCUGGCACGGUACACCAAGAACCAGACGUACGCCGACUGGGCCGAGAAGCAGUUCGACUGGUUGUGGAACGUCCAGUACAUCGACCACGAGAACUGGGCCGUCUAUGACGGUGGGCACGUCGAGCACAACUGCACCGACAUCAACAAGGCCCAGUUCAGCUACAACGCGGCGCUGCUGCUGCACGGCUCGGCCUUCAUGUACAACUACACCAACGGCGACCAGAAAUGGAAGGACCGCAUCGACAACCUCCUCGUCGGCAUCUUCCGCGACUUCUUCCCCAAAGACAUCGCCUUCGAGCUCCCCUGUGAGGGCCACCGUGGCUGCAGCCCGGACAUGCUGAGCUUCAAGGGCUACGUGCACCGCUGGAUGUCGGUCGUCACGCAGAUGGCGCCCUACACGGCCGACAAGAUCCUGCCCGUACUGCGCAAGUCGACCGAGGCUGCCGUCCGGCAGUGCACCGGUGGGCCGACGGGGCGGAGGUGCGGUUUCUAUUGGCAGGAGGGCGUCUUCGUCGACCCGGCCGUCGACAAGACGAGCGGCGCCGGCGAGGCUAUGAACGUGCUCGCCGCUGUGUCGAGUCUGCUCAUCGGCCACGCUCCGCCCCCAGCUACCAACGAGACGGGGAUUAGCAAGGGUAAUUACGAGGCUGGCACCAAUAGCCGCGAUAAUGUGGAGCCGCUGGCACCCAUCACGACUGCCGACAAGGCUGGCGCGGCCAUCUUGACUAUGUUGAUCCUGGGCGGGUUUGUUGGCACUUGGAGCUGGAUGAGCCUUGGUGAUUAG